AUGAUCGUUAUGGUCGUCAACGAUUUUGUGACCCGAAUCAAUCGUCAGCGCGCAUACGCCGCCGAGUCUUCAUAUGGGCGUGCCGUCCCUGAGCCUCUCAGCGCCCACGAAGCGAUCGGAAAGAUACGUACGUCUUUCGCAGCGCGGAAUGAUGUGCCUGACAUAGGGGUGCAGCCGACACUGCGCAGCGCGGUAGGAGAGACUUCCCGCAGCUCCGCGACCCUUGAUGCCACCCCCUCGAGUUGGUGGUCCCCUGUUCUUGCACAGACAUGUCCAUUUCGGUCAGCCAAAGACGACCACCCAGCAGCAGUCCCACCCACACCUUUUACCCCUGGCACACCACCCCGCAACACGCCUCCACCACCACAAAUCACAAUCACCACCACCACCAUCGCAGACUCCUGCUCAGCUAGCCUGGCGUGCCUGGGCGUCACAAAGGUGUCUUCAUCUACGGAUAUUAGUCUCUACCAGACGGCGCACUAG